ACAUACAUAUAUGUAUAUAAAUACUUACACCACGCAAGUUUUUGAAAGCAAACACACUUGUGGAACAGCUGAUCCUUUGAUUGUUAAAUGCAUAGUGUACUUUGCUAUUUACCAAUUAUAGAAAAUUAUAGAACGCUAUUACUUUGGCAUGUAAAAAUUCAUAUUUUUGGAAACAAUUACAGAAAAUUAUUUGCGUGAUAACCGAAGAUGUAUGUUGACGUGUCUCAAUGACGUAAUUUUCUCUUUCUGACACGAAGAGUCGAAUUCUUUGGAAACAUAGUUUAAAAUGAAUUCAGGAAUAUUCUUAUCAAGCUAUUCAAGCUAAAAGUCAGUUCAUAAACAGACGUACAAUCAAAAUAUAGUUGAAAAGAUGAAGCUAAGAAAGGAGUUGAUUUUACUGUUGCUUGUUAUGUCUGUUUCAUCAGAGUCAGAAGUUUCUAAAAAACAAUCAGAUACUUCUGACGAAGAGGCGGAAGAUGAUGUUGGUUUAGAAGAGAAUGCAUUUGAACACUUGCAAGAAUUAAAGGCUUUACAUGAAACCAUUUUAAAGAUGGUACCAGCUUCUGAACCGUAUCUUAACGAUAAGAUUACAAAGAGAAAAGAGGAAGCGGUAAAUGAACCAAAAACAAAAGAGGAAAGUCCCACGAUGAGAAAUGUUUGGAUGAAAGCAAUGAUAACUCAGAUAAAAAAUAUUGAUUUGCCAAAUAAUAAUUUAAGAUUAGAAGAAGAUGAUGCAGAAGUAUGGAGCGAAGAAGAGCAAUUGGAACCUCUUACCGAAGAGACCGAAGAACCACUGACUCCGGAGCAGCAAGAAGCGGAGCAAAUAUUUAGGAAAGCGCAGAGUCUCUUAAAUGCUACACGUUCUAAUAAGGCAGAAGCUUAUGAACUAUUAACAUCUGCUGCAAUUCUUGGACAUCGCGAAUCCAGGUCUAUGUUGGCAUGGGCACAGCUGUUAGGAACUCAGUUUGCACCAACUUUUUCCUGGAUAUCCAGUCAAGAUAUUCCAGCAGCUUAUCAAACCUUUAAAGAACUUGCUGAAACUGGUCUACCCUCUGCUCAUAUGGGUUUGGGCUUUCUGUACGCAACAGGAUUAGGUGGUGUAAAUGCCUCCCAGCCAAAGGCGCUUCUUCAUUACACGGUAGCAGCUCUUGGUGGAGAUACACGGGCACAGAUGGCUUUAGGCUAUCGCCAUUGGGCCGGAGUGACAACACCAGUUUCUUGUGAAAGGGCUUUAGAUUUCUAUCGUAAAGUUGCGAAUAAGGUCGCGGAAGAAGUUUCUCUCAGUGGAGGGCCAGUUGUCCAAAGAGUUAGACUUUUAGAUGAACAAGAGAAUCCAGGGUACAGCUCAGGAAUCUUUGAUCAAGAUCUAAUAGAAUAUUACCAGUUGUUAGCAAAAAAGGGGGAUACACAAGCACAAGUUGGAUUGGGGCAGUUACAUUAUCAGGGCGGAAGAGGUGUUCCUUUGGAUCAUGAAAGAGCAUUACAAUAUUUUCAGCAUGCUGCCGAUGCUGGAAAUGCUGUUGCUAUGGCUUUUCUGGGAAAGAUUUACUUAGAAGGCAGUGAUAUAGUGAAGCAAGAUAACGAAACGGCAUACAAGUAUUUUAAAAAAGCUGCAGAGCUAGGAAAUCCUGUUGGACAAAGUGGUUUAGGUCUUAUGUAUCUUUAUGGGAGAGGAGUUGAAAGAGAUACUGCAAAAGCUCUUCAAUACUUUAACCAAGCUGCAGAGCAGGGAUGGGUUGAUGGGCAACUUCAACUUGGCAAUAUGUAUUUUAGUGGAACCGGAGUAAGGCGUGAUUACAAGUUAGCCAACAAGUAUUUUAAUUUAGCUAGCCAGUCUGGCCAUGUUUUGGCAUUUUAUAACUUGGCACAGAUGCAUGCUACUGGUACUGGCAUGAUGCGUAGUUGUCCAACUGCUGUCGAACUUUUAAAAAAUGUUGCCGAAAGAGGCAAAUGGAGCGAUCAGUUGAUGAUUGCUCAUACGGAUUAUCGGGAAGGUAGAAUUAACGAGGCUUUUGUGAAGUAUGCUCUCCUUGCAGAAAUGGGUUAUGAAGUAGCACAGAGCAAUGCUGCUUUUAUAUUAGAUAAAGGAGAGACUACAAUAUUAUCGGAAGAGGAAGGAUUGGUUAGAGCACUUGCUUUAUGGGCUAGAGCUGCUGCGCAAGGAUACUCUGCUGCUCAAGUGAAAUUGGGGGAUGCUCAUUAUUAUGGCCGUGGAACAAAAAUCGAUUACGAGGCUGCAGCCAGUCAUUAUCGAUUAGCUUCUGAACAACAACACAAUGCACAAGCAAUGUUUAAUUUGGGAUAUAUGCAUGAACGUGGUUUAGGUCUAGCGAGAGAUCGACAUCUAGCUAAACGAUGUUACGAUCUCGCAGCAGAAGCUAGUCCAGAUGCAAGAAUUCCUGUUGCAUUGGCUCUUAUUAAACUCUCUUUCCUCUUUGGUUUGGAUUAUCUUCAAGAGUUUAGCCUUAUCGACCACUUAAAUAAAUGGGACCAGCUUUUGGGCCAGAACUGGGACUUGUAUCUUAUAGGAUUGCUCACUGGCAUGCUCAGUUUAAUUAUUUACUUCCGCAGGCCCCAACCACCACCACCACCACCACCGCCACCGCCUAGGAUUAAUUAGUUCUUUAUUAUUUCUGUUUGAAUCCCUCCCACCCUCUUUUAGAUGAAGUCAAGUUUGUUACCGAUGGUUCAUAAAUACAUGCACAUGCGUGCAUAUUGAUA